AUGGCGGUUUGCAUUCUGACCCUUGAGGUGGCGCCUACGGACGGCGCAAGAGAAGCUGAGCAACAAGCAUGGGAUGAACACAAGAAGCCAGCGUGGAGGCGGGCUGUGUCUCGCAUGCCAGCGCUGCUGGUCACUCUCGUCAUCGAACUCUUUGUGGCCUUUAUCGUGUCUGAGUACUCGGACACCUUCAAGAAGUACACUUUACUCAUCGCCUUCCAGCCGGUGAUCAGCGCUCUUUCUGGAAACGUUGGGCUUCAGACCAUGGCUACCAUCACCCGUGGCCUGGUGAUUGGCCUUUUCAACGGCCGAGAGACGUUGCGCGGCAUGCGGCUUGAAGUGAACUCUGGCAUACUGGUCGCGGCCCUACUGAGCACGGUGGUUGCAGCAGUCGCGUUUGCCUGGUACAAUCCAUUUGCAAGUGGCCAUUCUUUCCUGGGCACGUUGGCCUUUGGUUUUGCCAUUUUUCUGGGGCAGUUUGCAUCAACUAUCUCGGCUAGUGUCACGGGCAGUUUGGCACCCCUGCUUUUCAACAAGUGUGGCUGGGAUCCAGCUGCACUGGGCGGGCCGUUCGAGACCGCCUUCCAGGACGUGAUUGGCAGCUCCGUGAUGCUGGCUGCUUCUGCAGCUGUCCUCGCGCAGUUUGGAGAUCAUGCAGAAUCCUGUCCUGGAGGGGACGUGAAACGCUGUGCUUUGCUUUGCAAGGAGGGGCCCAGUUAUAACGAGCAGUGCUUGCAUCACUGCUUGGACCUUGCAUUGAACGGUCUUUGCUGA